CACCAUGUUCCACUUCUAUAUAUGCGUGUAAUAAGUAGUGAUGUUCGAAAGCUGUAUCAGAACUAUACUCCCAUAUCAUAUGUCGGCGAAAUUUUCAACCUAGUCACAAAAGGUCUUAUGAAGGAUUAGCCCCUCUCCAUUCGUAAAUGCCGAGAAGGAUCGGGACCCAGAUAAUUCUCAAGUCUAAUAUUCAUGUGCUUGAUAGACCGAAUCUACCUUUCGGCCAGUUCUACUUGCGCUUGACACACCUACUUUCUUCUUUUCUGCUAAACAUACUCGGUACUCUUUUGACUCAGAAAAUAUAUGCGAGGCCAGCAGAGGAGAAAGGCCAAUUGAUCCUCAAUGGCGAGUUCCAGCAAGAAGUCAAAGGCAAUACCAGAGAGCAUCCGAGAUAUGUCGCAAACUCAUCACAAAGAACAAUACGAAAGUCUCUUAACUGAGUCUCACACCCGGCCACUAGAUCAUGAUGAUUUCCGCGCCCAUUCUAGCAGACAGCUAGCCUGGCGGUCGCCUUUCUUUUAUAUACCUACGAUAUUAUGUUUCUUUCUUGGUAUAGCACUCGUCGCUGUAUGCUCAUCUAAUUCAGCACGGCUAGACUCCGUCAUCGAUCAGAUGGAAGAAAAGAUCGCAAACUUUGAGGUCAUAUCAACGUCAAGCUCCUCAUCACAUAAAAUUCCCUUGCCAGAAGGACUUCCUCCAACCCACCCGAAAACAUCAAAACCAACAGGAGAAGAAUUCGGGUCUUGUGGCCACUCUCCCGGCGAAGCUCAAUCCCUCGGCUGCAUAUUCGACCCAAUGUCAUGGGCGUGGCAGCGUCCCGAGUGCUAUAACGCCGAGUUGAUAAAUCACUUCCUAAACAUUACAGACUGGCACUUUUACCCUAACAACGCGACACGCCCUGAGGAAGAGCUUCCGAGGGAAGUAUGGGCAACUGGCGGUUAUAAUGGGGCCUGGGGUCCGUGGUCAUGGCAUAUGUAUCACUGCUCUUAUAGCUGGCGCAAAUUCGACAUGGGCUUCCACCAUGGGAAGCCUUUGGACGACGAUAUUCUUGAUCCCCUGCAUACUUAUCACUGCAGCGUUCAGAUCAUCUUGCGAGAUACGGAUCGGACUCUUCAUGCACCAUGCCUAGAUGAUCCACAUAGUUGUGAGAUCACUCAGAUGUGGAUGAAGUUUAACAAAUGUGGUUACUAUUGAAGCUUGUCUUCUGUAGGUACCUAUUCACAUAAUAAAAUGGGGCCUACCGUUGAAUAUCAACAUUAUAUGCGACUCAAGUGGUGUAUAGGUCUAUUGGGAAUUUUUUUCUACCUAUUUAAUUCUACUCAAUAACCUAAACUCAGCAGAGUGUACAUAUCUGUCUCUAUUGAAUGACUAUUGCUUCAGAUUUUGGAC